ACUCUCUCGAAACUUUCUCCCUUUGGUAUUUUCUACGCAUUUCUUCUUUCUUUGUUCUGAAGUUUAUGUUUUUCUUUCCUCCCUUCUGUUUGGUUCCCGAGAAACUCGUGGGAAAUGCAACCAAUUGCAGAGCAUUUUGCAUGAAUAUAGAGUGGUGUUAAUUGAAGGGGUCUGAGCAUUGUUCAGUUGAAGAAUGGCUUCUACAGGGCCACCACAGUCUUUGAAGAGACCAGAUUCCUCAUUAACAAGAGAAGGAGACCAGCUGAUUAUUACCCCUCUAGGUGCUGGAAAUGAAGUGGGCCGUUCCUGUGUCUACAUGUCCUAUAAAGGGAAAACCAUAUUGUUUGACUGUGGAAUUCAUCCCGCAUACUCGGGCAUGGCUGCUUUGCCAUACUUUGAUGAGAUUGAUCCUUCGACCAUUGAUGUCCUUUUGGUGACACACUUUCACUUGGAUCAUGCUGCAUCCCUUCCAUAUUUCCUGGAGAAGACCACAUUCAAAGGGCGAGUUUUUAUGACUCAUGCAACCAAGGCUAUCUACAAGUUGCUUUUGUCUGAUUAUGUAAAAGUGAGCAAAGUUUCAGUUGAAGAUAUGUUGUAUGAUGAACAAGACAUUCUUCGCUCCAUGGAUAAAAUUGAGGUUAUUGAUUUCCAUCAGACUUUAGAAGUAAAUGGUAUACGAUUUUGGUGUUACACAGCUGGCCACGUCCUUGGUGCUGCCAUGUUUAUGGUUGAUAUUGCUGGUGUCCGAGUACUUUACACUGGAGACUAUUCUCGUGAAGAAGAUCGUCAUCUCCGUGCUGCUGAGAUCCCACAGUUCUCCCCUGAUAUUUGCAUAAUUGAAUCCACUUAUGGUGUCCAACUCCAUCAGCCUCGGCAUGUGCGAGAAAAGCGCUUCACAGAUGUCAUCCACUCAACCAUUUCUCAAGGGGGCCGUGUUCUAAUCCCUGCAUUUGCUCUAGGUCGUGCCCAAGAACUCCUCCUUAUCCUUGAUGAGUAUUGGUCUAACCAUCCUGAGCUCCAUAACAUCCCCAUAUAUUAUGCUUCCCCCCUUGCAAAAAGGUGUAUGGCUGUUUACCAGACAUACAUCAAUUCCAUGAAUGAGAGGAUCCGCAACCAAUUUGCAAAUUCGAAUCCUUUUGAUUUCAAGCACAUAUCACCUUUAAAGAGCAUUGAGAAUUUUAAUGAUGUAGGUCCAUCAGUGGUGAUGGCGAGUCCGAGUGGGCUUCAGAGUGGGUUGUCAAGACAACUGUUUGAUAUGUGGUGCUCUGAUAAGAAAAAUGCAUGUGUUAUACCUGGGUAUGUCGUGGAAGGGACAUUGGCAAAAACCAUCAUCAAUGAACCCAAGGAAGUUACUCUAAUGAAUGGUCUUACUGCUCCCCUCAACAUGCAGGUCCAUUACAUUUCUUUCUCUGCUCAUGCAGAUUUUGCACAGACGAGUACAUUCUUGAAGGAGCUCAUGCCACCUAACAUCAUUCUUGUCCAUGGAGAAGCUAAUGAGAUGGGGAGGCUCAAACAGAAGCUUAUCACCCAGUUUUCUGACCGCAACACCAAAAUUAUUUCCCCAAAGAACUGUCAGUCAGUUGAAAUGUAUUUCAACUCUGAGAAAAUGGCAAAAACCAUUGGGAGGCUGGCUGAAAAGACCCCAGGAGUUGGUGAAACUGUCAGUGGUUUACUGGUAAAGAAAGGUUUCACUUAUCAGAUAAUGGCACCUGAUGAUCUCCAUGUCUUCUCGCAGCUAUCCACAGCAAAUGUCACCCAGAGGAUUACUAUUCCGUACACUGGUGCCUUUGGUGUAAUAAAGCACAGGCUGAAGCAGAUAUAUGAGAGUGUGGAGUCAUUGCCAGAUGAAGAAUCUGAGGUUCCAGCUUUUCGAGUCCAUGAACGGGUGACAGUGAAGCAUGAGUCGGAGAAGCAUAUUUCACUGCAUUGGACAUCAGAUCCUAUUAGUGACAUGGUCUCUGAUUCCAUUGUGGCUCUGGUUUUAAAUAUCAGUCGUGAGAUCCCCAAGGUAGUAGUUGAAUCAGAGGCUAUAAAAACUGAAGAAGAAAACGGGAAGAAAGCAGAAAAGGUUAUCCAUGCACUCCUUGUUUCUCUGUUUGGAGAUGUGAAGUUGGGAGAGAAUGGGAACUUGGUGAUAAGCGUUGAUGGAAAUGUGGCACAUCUUGAUAAACAGAGUGGGAAUGUUGAGAGUGAAAACGAAGGCCUUAAGGAAAGGGUGAGAGUAGCAUUCCAGCGGAUCCAAAAUGCUGUGAAGCCAAUCCCUCUAUCUGUGUCUUAGCUCCUUCCCUCAGGUUUUCUCUGUAUUUUCAACUUCUUCCUAGUUAAUUCUGAAUUUUGAGAUUAAAGUUCCAUAUGAAUCAAUAUUUCUUACACUAAUUAGUUUGCUUAUUUUAGGAAAAUAUUGAACAUUGAUCCACCUCAGUCCCAAGCAAGAUCACAUACAUCAACUUUUUCUUCGUUGUGCCUUUUAUUUGGUAAUGCUAGAGAGAUUUUCCUCUAUGAUCUUUGCGAUUCGUCUGAGCUUCACAAAUGCAUUAAUCUUGUUGAACAGUGUUAUAUCCCCAGAAAUUAUGGUUAUCAAUGCAUAACUUGAAUGUUUCAUUGGUGAAGCAUGUAAA